CCUUGUUGAGAUCACUGACACCAAGACUCGGCUACUAAUAUGACAGGAAUAUCAAACAUUAGGCUGAAUUGUUUCGUGGAACAAAGAAGUGGGUAUUUCGGGCGACACCUGUUGAUAGAUCCAGCCUGGCUUUCCUUAAUAUAGAAAUCGGUUCUACUUAGCUCAUCUACUCCCUCUCCCCAUAUUCCAAAUCGUGAUCAUUGCUUUAAUACUACAUCGCAACCCUGGCGCUGAGCCUAAUUAAUCCUAGUUAUCCCAUAAACACAUAUUGCACACAUAUCCCUCACGGCAAUGUCUCUCUACGAGCCUAUCAAGCUCCUGCCGCUCGGCGCAAUCAUCCAGUCUUUCAAGGUCGGUGACGUCGAUAUCGUUCAGGGCUUCCCCACUCAGGAGCUCUACGAGAAGCACAACAGCCCUUACUUUGGCGAGACCAUUGGUCGCGUCGCAAACCGCAUCAAGGAUGCCAAGAUCAACUCACUAAACGGAGGCAAGACCUACACCCUCGCGGCCAACAACGGACCAAACAGCUUGCAUGGAGGUGUGGUCGGUUGGGGUAAGCGCGUCUGGGAAGGGCCCAAGGCUGUCGGCGUUCGCGACAUUCCUGGUAUCGAGGGUCUGGUUGGCGGCGAGUCUGUCGAGUUCUCUUUGACGAGCGAGGAUGGCGAUGAAGGAUUCCCGGGCACCGUCAAGGCCAAGACGAUCUACACCGCAGGUGAACAGACAGUCGAUGGCAAGAAGGUGACUGUGUUGGGCAUUGAGUACAUUGCCGAGUUGGUUGGGGAUGCCGAAGAAACUCCAAUCAACAUGACCAACCACUCAUACUUCAACUUGACAGGCGGCCCCUCCAUCGCUGGCACAGUGGUUGAACUCGCGACCAACGCAUACCUCCCAGUCGACGAGGGCGGCAUCCCUACAGGCGGCGUUGGAACAUUCUCCAAGUUCGAAGGAAAGAAGCCCUUCACUCUUGGCCCCGAGGAGCCUUGCGUUGACGACUGCUUCAUCGCAAACGACAAGCCCGAGUCUGUUCCCAUCGACACGUCAUCGUUGCCUCUCAGCCGCCACGUUGCCGCGCACCACCCCGACUCGGGAAUCCACCUUGAGGUCUACAGUACGGAGCCCGCGUUCCAGUUCUACACUGGCAAGUACAUCGACGUGCCUGAAGUUGAGGGUGUGCCAGCCCGGAAGGCGCGGAGUGCAUUCUGUGUCGAGCCGAGCCGUUAUGUCAAUGCUGUCAAUGUGGAUGAGUGGAAGAACAUGACGGUUUUAAAGAAGGGUCAGAAAUACGGUGCCCGAAUUGUCUAUCGCGCUUGGAAGGAGUAGGACAAAUGGUAGUGUACUGCCCCUGGCUGGCCGGAGCACAAGCACGAUGGAAGCCUGAUGGCUAGUAAUACCGUACCAGCCCUCGAUAGUAUUUUGUUCUCGAGGCCAGUAAUCUAGCAUGAUAGGUUACUCGAACUCAUCAUCCGGUAUAUCAUGUGCUGCCGUCGGUGCCUUAGCCUCUUGCUUACGGAACAAGCUUGCAAGAAAUUCCCCUGAGCUGGCCUCAUCAAUGCUCUUGUCAUCUCGCUUCUUCAGAAACCGAGGAAAUCGUAGAC